GAGCCGGCGGGAGGUGGGGCGGCGAUGCUGCUGCUCGCCGUGGGUGGAGGGGAUUCAGACGCAGCGUCUAGUGUAUCCCUUUCUCUUUCCCGACCUUCCUCAGUCUGCGGCUCUUUUCUCCACCGCGCACCCGCCUCAGCGGUUCAGCCCUGAGCUGGCGGGCGGACGGGCGUGGAUCCAGGCUGUGGGGAUCAUUCUGCGAAGUCAGGGUAGGAAGGCAACACAAAGGAGGCGACGCCCCAGCCCGGUCCUCAGGAAUAAGCGGGCGUGCCCGGUGGCGUGGACGGUGCAGGGACACUGUACUAAGUGCCUUAUCUGCAUUGUCAUUGAAUCUUCAUAGCAAUCGAUUGUGAUGGGUACUGGUCCUCUCCCCGGGUUGUAGAUGAGGAAACUGAGGCUCCAGUAACUUUGCUUUAGUCAGUAAAUGGUAAGAGUCAGAAAAUGAGUUCCCAAGCGUAGACUCGGCCAUACCGCUGCUCUGCCUUGCUAAUGACAAUCUACCUGUAAGCGACAUUUUUGACUAAAUGUCCUUUGAACACCUUUUGUGCUCAGCUCUGUAUUCGUGGGCCCUCCAAAGGGGGUACAGGCAGGCAGAGGGCUCCGUCCCUACUUUUUAGGUUGCAUACAUCUGAACUGGUCGACUGCAGAUGCAAAUCAAGAGUGCGCCCGUGAGUGUGGUACAGGUGUUGAGAUGAAGUCCAGAUGGCAAUCAGCUGAAGUUACUGAAUACGUCGGGAAGGAGGCUGAUUUCAGCUGGCUGGGAUUGGGAAGAUCGAUGCGAGGACAUUCCAAGUCGGAAACCGCCGAGGCAAAGACUCACAGACCUGCUGAGGCUGCUCCUUAUCCCAGGCCCCCAGACUGUAUGGUCCCUGUGGCAGCAGCCAGUGUUGUCUCAGGAAGCAACAGCAUUUGAAGAUAUGACCAAAUAUUGGAAUUAUUUAGAAGCCUUUCAAAAGGAUUGCUACAGAGACACAAUGCUGGACAGUUAUGAGAACACGGUCCCACAGGCAUCCUUCUUACAGUUCUCCAUGAUGCCUCAGAGAGCUGGAAAUGAUCCACCUGGUGUUUCAAAUGUGAAUGAAAUGGAAAUGGAGAUAAGUAACAUGAGAGAAACGUUUCUUAUGAGUGUAACAAAGUUAGUAGAAAGCAAAAGUUACAACAGCAAGGUAUUUUCCAAAGAAAAGUACUUUCAAACAAUAAAGGAAGUUAAAGAAGCUAAAGAAAAAGGGAAGAAGUCAUCACGUGAUUAUCGCCGUGCGGCAAAAUAUGACGUGAUCUCUGUACAGGGCACAGAGAAACUGAUAGAGGCUACUCAUGGAGAACGUGAUCGAAUACGGUAUUAUGUACAUAAAGAAGAGUUGUUUGAUAUUCUUCAUGAUACACAUCUCAGUAUUGGACAUGGUGGGCGGACACGCAUGCUCAAGGAGCUGCAAGGAAAAUAUGGGAAUGUCACCAAAGAAGUUAUUGUCUUAUAUCUGACUCUGUGUAAACAGUGCCACCAGAAGAACCCAGUACCCAAGAAAGGCCUUCCGCCCAAGCCCCUGACUUUUAAGGACAUAGACUCCACGUGCCAAGUUGAAAUACUUGACAUGCAGUCAAGUGCCGAUGGUGAGUUCAAGUUCAUUUUAUACUACCAGGACCACUUGACCAAGUUUAUUAUUUUACGGCCAUUAAGAACCAAACAGGCCCGUGAGGUGGUCAGUGUCUUAUUAGAUAUUUUCACAAUUCUUGGUACACCCACUGUGUUAGACUCUGACAGUGGCGUUGAGUUCACAAACGAGGUUGUUCAGGAGCUCAAUGAGUUGUGGCCAGACCUAAAGAUUGUGUCUGGUAAUUACCACCCUGGCCAAAGCCAGGGCUCCCUGGAAGGAGCAAGCCGUGAUGUGAAGAACAUGAUAGGUACCUGGAUGCAGAGUAACCGUUUAUGUCACUGGGCCAAAGGCCUCCGAUUCCUGCAGAUGGUGAGGAAUCAGGCUUUCGACGUUUCCUUGCAGCAAAGUCCAUUUGAGGCAAUGUUCGGUUGUAAAGCCAAAUUUGGGCUAUAUUCCUCAAACUUGCCCCGGGAAACCGUGGCUACUUUACAAACAGAAGAAGAGCUAGAAAUUGCUGAAGAACAGCUAGAAAAUAGCCUUUGGAUCAGGCAGGAAGAAAGAGUUGAGACUGGAGCAGACAGAUCUGAUAUGGAUGAUGACAUGGAUCCCACUCCUGAAGCUACAGAACCCAGCACCUCACAAGGGGCUUCCGGUCUCCUCUGCUGGUGAACAGAUGGCUGCUGGGUGGACAGUCACAGGUGUCUCUCUGAGCAUAGUCAUCUGAGAACUGUUGCCAGAGGCCCCGGGGGAAAGGAUUGAAGGCUGCACUCUCAGGUCAAGUUGUAUAUGGUAGCCCUUGCUCAAAAAGGGAAAAGUUUGGGUCUGUGUAUUUAUUCUUAGGGCUACCAUAAAAAAUUACCACAACCUGGCCGGGUGCAGGACUCAUGCCUGUAAUCCCAGCACUUUGGGAGGCUGAGGUGGGCAGAUCACUUGAGGUCAGGAGUUCAAGACUAGCCUGGCCAACAUGGUGAAACCCUGUCUCUACUAGAAAUACAGAAAUUAGGCAGGCUUGGAGGCGUGUGCCUGUAAUCCCAGCUAACCGGGAGGCUGAGGCAGGAGAAUCACUUGAACUCAGGAAGCAGAGGUUGCAGUGGGCCGAGACCAUGCCACUGCACUCCAGCCGGGGUGACAAAGCAAGACUCUGUCUC